AACAGGGCACUUCACCUCCUCUGGGAAGUAAAGGCUUUAAAGUGGUGCUGCUGGCAGGAGUGGUUGAUGGUUGCGCCUGGAGGGUCAUGCCCUGGGACUUGUCCGCUUUGCGGUGCUUGGAGUUGGAGAUAUUCUGCCAUUUCUGCCCCACCUUGAUCCUGGUGCUGGGGGACUCUUCCAGGCACCGAGAAGAGUGGGCACCAUGAACCAAGUGGAUGCGCCACGGCCAAUCAACUGGACUAUCAGGAAACUGUGCCACGCAGCCUUCUUGCCAUCUGUACGUCUACUCAAGGCACAGAAAUCAUGGAUAGAGAGAGCAUUCAGCAAGAGAGAAUGUGUUCAUAUCAUCGUGAGCGCCAAAGACCCCCAUAGGUGCUGUUGCGGUCGCCUGAUAGGACAGCAUGUGGGCCUUCCCCCCGGCAUCUCAUCCAGUCACAAUGACAAGGUGGAACGACCGGCCAAAAAUGACAGUCUGUCUGAGAAGUGGUCCAUCAGCAAACACACUCAGCUCAGCCCCACUGAUGCAUUCGGCACUAUUGAGUUCCAGGGAGGAGGACACUCCAACAAAGCCAUGUAUGUGCGAGUGUCUUAUGACACCAAGCCGGACCUGCUGCUGCAUCUGAUGACCAAAGAGUGGCAGCUGGAGCUACCCAAACUGCUCAUCUCAGUCCACGGGGGGCUGCAGAACUUUGAAUUGCAACCCAAACUCAAGCAGGUCUUCGGCAAAGGGCUCAUCAAGGCUGCCAUGACGACCGGAGCCUGGAUCUUCACUGGAGGGGUCAAUACAGGGGUCAUUCGCCAUGUGGGUGAUGCACUAAAAGACCACGCCUCCAAGUCCAGGGGAAAGAUCUGCACCAUUGGUAUUGCUCCCUGGGGCAUUGUGGAAAAUCAGGAGGAUCUCGUUGGUAAAGAUGUGGUGCGUCCAUACCAGACCAUGUCCAACCCGAUGAGCAAGCUGACAGUUUUGAACAGUCUCCACUCACACUUCAUUCUAGCCGACAAUGGCACCACGGGGAAGUAUGGCGCCGAGGUCAAACUGCGGCGACAGUUAGAGAAACACAUCUCCUUACAGAAGAUUAACACACGUAUUGGUCAGGGUGUGCCAGUGGUGGCUCUCAUUGUGGAAGGGGGACCUAAUGUGAUCUCCAUCGUGCUGGAGUACCUCAGGGACACCCCGCCAGUCCCUGUAGUGGUGUGUGACGGCAGCGGCAGAGCCUCCGACAUCUUGGCAUUUGGUCACAAAUACUCCGAGGAGGGAGGCAUAAUUAAUGAGUCUCUGAGAGACCAGUUGCUGGUGACCAUCCAGAAAACGUUCACAUACAGCCGCACACAGGCGCAGCAUCUGUUCAUCAUUCUCAUGGAGUGCAUGAAAAAGAAGGAGCUGAUAACAGUCUUUCGAAUGGGGUCCGAGGGUCAUCAAGACAUUGACCUUGCCAUCCUCACUGCACUACUAAAAGGUGCCAAUGCUUCAGCUCCUGACCAGCUGAGUUUGGCUCUUGCGUGGAACAGAGUUGAUAUCGCCCGCAGUCAGAUCUUCAUCUAUGGACAGCAGUGGCCUGUUGGUUCCCUGGAGCAAGCCAUGUUGGACGCCUUAGUUCUGGACCGAGUGGACUUUGUCAAGCUACUGAUUGAAAACGGAGUCAGUAUGCACCGUUUCCUCACGUUGUCCAGGCUGGAGGAGCUUUACAACACGAGACACGGCCCGUCCAACACCCUUUACCAUCUUGUCAGGGAUGUCAAAAAGGGAAACCUGCCCCCAGACUACCGCAUCAGCCUCAUCGACAUCGGAUUGGUCAUUGAAUACCUAAUGGGUGGGGCUUAUCGUUGUAACUACACCAGGAAGAGAUUUAGGACUCUGUACCACAACCUUUUUGGACCCAAAAGGCCCAAAGCCUUGAAACUGCUGGGGAUGGAGGAUGACAUGCCAAUCCGGAGAGGCCGUCAGAAAACGACACGCAAGCGAGAAGAGGAGGUGGACAUCGAUUUGGACGACCCUGAAAUCAACCACUUCCCUUUUCCCUUCCACGAGCUGAUGGUGUGGGCCGUGCUGAUGAAGCGGCAGAAGAUGGCGCUGUUCUUUUGGCAGCAUGGCGAAGAGGCCAUGGCCAAAGCCUUGGUCGCGUGCAAAUUGUGUAAGGCCAUGGCGCACGAGGCGUCCGAGAACGACAUGGUCGACGACAUCUCGCAGGAGCUGAACCACAACUCCAGAGAGUUUGGCCAGUUGGCAGUGGAACUUCUGGACCAGUCCUAUAAACAGGACGAGCAGAUGGCCAUGAAGCUCCUGACGUAUGAGCUGAAGAACUGGAGUAACGCCACCUGCCUGCAGCUGGCGGUAGCGGCCAAGCAUCGGGAUUUCAUCGCACACACCUGCAGUCAGAUGUUGCUGACAGACAUGUGGAUGGGACGCCUGCGCAUGCGCAAGAACUCAGGGUUAAAGGUUAUCUUGGGCCUGCUCCUGCCGCCGUCUAUCUUGAGCCUGGAGUUCAAGAACAAGGACGAGAUGUCGUACAUGCCUCAGGACCAGGAGGCCUACUUGCAGGAGAAGGAGGAAGAGGAGCCAGAGAAGCCUGUCAAGGAGAAGGAGGAGGAAGACAUGGAGUUCACAGUAAGAUCUUACUGUGAGGCGCAGUACAACUCCGUGGCAAUGCUGGGGAAGGUAGCCACAGAGACAUCCAGGAAGAAGGACGUUGAGGAGGUUCAGAACCGCCACCGCCUCAUCCCCUUGGGACGCAAGAUCUACGAGUUUUACAACGCUCCCAUCGUCAAGUUCUGGUUCCAUACGAUGGCCUACGUGGGCUACCUAAUGUUGUUCAACUACAUUGUCCUGGUCAAGAUGGACCUGUGGCCUUCCCCUCAAGAGUGGAUCGUCAUCGCUUACAUCUUCACAAAUGGCAUUGAGAAGAUGAGAGAGAUCCUUAUGUCAGAGCCAGGGAAGUUGUUACAGAAGGUCAAGGUGUGGCUUCAGGAGUAUUGGAACAUCACAGACCUCAUGGCCAUCCUCAUAUUUUCUGUCGGCAUGGUUCUGCGUCUCCAGGAUCCCCCGCUCAUGAGCUAUGGACGGGUCAUCUAUUGCGUCAACAUCAUCUACUGGUACAUCCGGCUGCUCGACAUCUUUGGUGUCAACAAGUACCUGGGUCCCUAUGUGAUGAUGAUUGGCAAGAUGAUGAUCGACAUGAUGUACUUUGUGAUCAUCAUGUUGGUGGUCCUAAUGAGCUUUGGGGUGGCGCGGCAGGCCAUCCUCAACCCCAACGAAGACCCGUCCUGGAUGCUGGCACGGAACAUCUUCUUCAUGCCGUACUGGAUGAUCUACGGGGAGGUGUUUGCUGACCAGAUUGACCAUAUUCAUAGUAGGAAGUUACAGCACAGGCUGAAUGAAAAACUCUGGCUGGUCGAAAAUUACUUACGAACUCUCGGAACCUGGCGUAGUAGUGGUGCAUCCCACAUUGCCCAGUGCUCUCAAAAUUCCACUCCCUGUGGGCAGAACAUCACCACUGAGGAUGGAGUGGUGGUUUCUUUGCCUCCAUGUAAGACAGGCGCCUGGAUUGUCCCAGCCAUCAUGGCCUGCUAUCUGCUGGUGGCCAAUAUACUGUUGGUCAAUCUCCUCAUCGCUGUGUUCAACAAUACAUUCUUCGAGGUGAAGUCCAUCUCCAACCAGGUUUGGAAGUUCCAGCGCUACCAGCUCAUCAUGACCUUCCAUGAGCGCCCGGUCCUUCCUCCUCCACUCAUCAUCUUUAGUCACAUCACCAUGGUGCUCAAGCACCUGUGUUGUCGCUGGCGCAAGCAUGAUGAUGACGAGAGGGAUUAUGGACUGAAGCUUUUCAUCACAGAGGAUGAGUUGAAGAAGGUCCACGACUUUGAGGAGCAGUGUAUAGAAGAAUAUUUCAGAGAGAAGGAUGACCGAUUCCACUCAUCUAAUGACGAAAGGAUCAGAGUCACUUCGGAAAGGGUGGAGAACAUGGCGAUGCGUCUUGAGGAAGUCAAUGAGAGGGAGCACUUCAUGAAGGCCUCGCUGCAGACGGUUGACAUUCGCCUAGCACAAAUGGAGGAGCUGAUCGGACGAAUCGCAGUGGCCUUGGAGCGUGUAACGGGUGUCGAACGCGGGGAAGUCAACAAAGUUCGAUCUCGGACGUCGUCUGACUGUACUGACUCGGCAUACAUCCUCCGCCAAGGAGAGUGUCCAGACGCGGCCUACAUUCUUCGCCAAAGCAGCUUCAAUAGCACAGAGGGGAACGCGUACCGCCUGCAGGAAGCGCUCGAGUGCACCGCCGAGGGCUCCAUGUCCCCUCCGUCUCCCACCAGCAUGGCGCCACGGACGAGAAGCCAUUCGUUUUACGUUGGAGGCGGUCGCGGCAUCGAACGUGCGAGUGGCGCCGAACGGGUCGACAGCUUUUUCAAAGAGCGUUCGCUUAGUCUCCAUCGAGCCAACAGCUCGCAAUCUGUGUCGUCGUCUGCCGCCACCAAAGAGUCUAAGCCCCUGCCACUGGCGACGCUGUCUGUCUCCCAGCAGCACCGUCCAUCGUCAUGCAUCGAUAUCUAUGUCUCUACUUCUGAGGAGGUGGUACCCGCAGAGGUUUUUCUGAAUCCACUGCGUGGGGUCCCGCCCCUCCAUAGAGAAGCGUCAGUGCAGUCUGAGAUCAUCGAGACGGUGCUGCCGGGAGGCCGAGACUUCAGCAGCGCCACCACCAGUGGUUUGGGCGACAGGCACUCGGAGGGCGGUGCGGGUAGCAACGGGACAGCCGCAGCCAUGUUUGACGACAGCGCGGCGGCUGAUUUGUCCCUGUGCUCAGCCCACCUGUUACCUGACACCACCAUUCCCCCUUGGGACGCAGACCCGUCGCCGCCCCCCUCGGCUGGACCGUUGGAGCGCUCGAAGAGCAGCCGCCUCCUCUCCACAGUGGGCACAUCCUUCCUGGAAGAGCCUCCUUUGGUCAAGUCCCACAGCCUCAUGUUCACGGCGAGGAGCUGUUACGGCGGACUGGGUGCGGGCGUCCAGGUAAAAGCUGCAGAGUACACCAGCAUCACUGACUGCAUCGACACGCGCUGCGUCUCCUCACCGUACACUCCCGUAGAACGCUCGCACUCCCCCGGAGGCUCCACCUCUUUCACUUUUGAUAAGCCCUCAGACAUUGGCUCCUCUCAUCCAGAGAGAGAGGCCGAGCUCAGUCAAACAGAGUCUGAUCCGGAGGACCCCGAGGACCUGAAUCCAGUCCCUGAAACCCCUCGACUGGGGACUCUCAGCGGACCCGGCAGGGCCCCUCUCUGCGCCCCCUUCUCCAGGCUGGAGCGAGCGAACAGCUGUUCUUCAGACGACUCCCAUCCUGCGCUCACGCUGGCCCCUCCGCACAGGAAGAGCCUGUCGGUGAGUGAAAGGAUGGAGAGGGGACCGGGUCUGGGCGCAGAAAGGGGGCCUGGGCCUGGGGCUCGGGGUCUGGCAGGAACCAGAAACCCCUUCCUCAGGAGCAAGUCCGGGGCACGGCCUGACACAGCCAAGACUGACAGCCUCUCCAUGAGGAAGCUGGCCGCUCCCUCAGCAUUCCGCAGCUUCGAUAGACAGAACUACACGUGACAAGACACACAACACACACUCACACACAUCACACACACUGAAAGGACCAGGGAAGUAGGAAAGUAGGGAAAGCAUGAAAGCGGGACCAUCUUGCCCUUAGAUUUCCACCUGAACCAGAUCUUUAGUGCAUUUGGGAUCAGCAAUUGGAGUGUGUGAGCGGGUCCUUCUGUACACCUGAUAAAAACAAAGAUCUAUGAAUUUAGGUUAGGUUUCCCUAUUCCCCACGUUAACUUUCAGUGGAAGCUGUGUUUGUGCUGUGUCUUCCACCCACCACCUUUACAUCAUCUUUAUGUCUCAGUCAUGUCGUGGAAGAAAGAAACUGGAACUGCAAAGGUAAGACAAGGAUAAGGAAGUAAUGCAUUUAAAACAUGAAUAUAUGGUAUUUUCUCUUAGCAUCGUGUUCAUUUUAUAACGCAGCACUAUGUCAUUGUCAUGGCAACCAAAAGGGGACAACUUUAUGGCAUGUAAUGUGUCAAGUCACACCUGUCAGCAAUCUGGCGUGCGGUGAUUCUAGCAGUAUACACAAGGACAAAUGGCCGCGUGAUAAGAGCGAAAAACUCAUGCGUAAGGCGGUGUGUAAAAGAAGGAAGGGGGGGGAUAUGACACUAAAUAUGUCUUCAUCCAUUUAAUUAUCAUCAUCAUACACUCGGCUCCUUUUCACCUGCAACCAAAAUUAUAUCUACUCAAAGAAUGGUUGUUGUUUCACAGCUUGGGCCUCCUCAUUCCGUCCUCCGUUACUGCCAAAUGUUUGACAUUUGCUUUCAUUUAACUGGACAUAUUUUUAAAGUUUGCAAUUAUCACUUGACUGAGCCCAGGUCAAAUUACAUCCAAAGGACACUGCUUUACGUCCCCUUAUUUUACACAACAGCUUUCCCAUAAAUUCGGAUGUUGUUCAGUCUUUGUUAUUGAGUUAAUAGGUUUUGAACUGGACUUUAAUAAUCUGGACACCCUACUUACGUAUACACUACUGUGUACAAGUCGUAGGCCACCUCUGGCUUUGCAGUUUUGUCCUUUCUUUUUUUAUUUUAUUUUUUUUUUCUUAUUUUAAACAGUAGUCACUUAACAUUAUAAAACAAGGAUAUAAAAAAAAAUAAAUACUGCAUCAACCCAGGAAGAAUCUACUACAGGGUGAUGCUGAUCCUUAAAUAGUCUUACAUUUUGAGAUUCAGGACCUUAGUUGAUAUAUAUAUAUAUAUAUAUAUAUAAACAUGCCUUUGUUAUUGUAGCAUUAAUUGAAAGGCAUACUUUGUACUUCCUACUCCACACAGGUUUUCCCUACAAAAAUGUUGCACAGUUUAGAAAUAAUGUUUUCUUCAUAAAAUGUAAUUCCGUCAUGUCCCUUGACAAUGUUUUUGAGAAUUGGCAUCAUCAUCAUCAACCCUAAUGCGGAUAAGACGUAGAAAUUGGAUAGAUGGAUUUUGUCGGGUAUACAUAAGGUAGCUUUCGUGAGUUCGCAUUAAUAAAACUGCUACCUGCGAGCUGCAUUAACUGUAAAAAUGUCCCAUACUUCCACAGUAAUUAAAAAAUAUGCUCACAAACAUUCUCAAAAUAUUCCAUCCAUCCAUUUUCUGAGCCGCUUCUCCUCACUAGGGUCGCAGGCGUGCUGGAGCCUAUCCCAGCUAUCAUUGGGCAGGAGGCGGGGUACACCCCGAACUGCUUGCCAGCCAAUCGCAGGGCACAUACAAACACAACCAUUUGCACUCGGAGAAAACCCACGCAGGCACGGGGAGAACAUGCAAACUCCACACAGGCGGGGCCGGGGAUUCAACCCGGGUCUUAAGAACGGUGAGGCUGACACUCUAACCAGUCGCCCACCGUGCCACCUCUCAAAAUAUUGUGAUAUAAUAUUCAAUCCACAUCGCCCACUCUUGGUGGUCAUGGAAGGAAAGGUUUUUAAUUUGAUCGAAAUAGCCUUUAAAAUGUCUAUAAAAUUCAUAAAUUUUACUUCCUGAAAGUCCCACUAAAGUCACUAAAAAAACUGUCAUGUAAAUUUGACACACCACAGUGAAUCAGAAUCAUCUUUAUUUGCCAAGUAUGUUAAAAAAAAAACACAUGGAAUUUGUCUCCGGUAGUUGGAGCCGCUCUAGUACAACAACAGACAGUCAAUUGACAGAGAACACUUUUGUGACAUAAAGACAUUGACAAAAAAAAUAAAUAAAUAAAACAGUCACUGAGCAAUAAAGGGUUGCUAGUUGUCUGGUAAUGCCAGUAAUUUUUAUUUAUUUAUUUAUUUGUUUUUUUUUGGGGGGGGGGACAAUUGUGCAAAAGAUGCAGAGUCCUCUAGCACUUAGAGCAGUUCGACUGACUAAUAUUGCAAUAGUCCGGUGCAAUGACCAUUGUGCAAAGGGCGCCGAGACUUCAAGGAGUGUAUGAAGAGUAUUGUUAACAAACAGGACAAAUUUGAAUGGAAAAAAAAACAAAACAAAAAAACUACAUAAGUAUGUGAAAUCAGGCUUCAAAAUGGUAAAGAGUUGAGAUGUUCUUUCAGCGUCCAGACGCUGUGGGCUGAUGUUCACAGGCUUACACAGUUGCAGUUCCUUACUUUGGUGGACAGCUUCCAGACGCUGUGGGCGCCGAGACAAUUUCCCCUCCUUUGCCUGCGAUGAAAUUCAGCGGGCCAUGCAUCGCGCUACUGUGGCCGCUGCAGGGUGCACCACAUGCGGCCAAAAGCUGUGUGUGCACCAUGGUCCCCUUGGAUUAUUUUUUUUUCCCUCCUUCACCUUGCUCCGCGACAUUGUGGCUGGCCACUGUGAGGAUGACGACCCUAACACUGUUUUGCCGGACCUCCGGCCACUGACGGGUUGGCAAGGGGCCGCCGGAGCUGUAGUCAUAAUUUGAUGGCUAACUGCACACUAUACUGGUAGAACUGGGACACGUUAUUAUGAAUGGCCACUGCAUGGAAUAAGGGACCUUGCUGUUUAUGUAGUAGGGGAGGCCCAGAAAGUAUACGCCCUACUUUUUAAAUAUGCCCCAAAAAUCCGUCCAGCUGAGGUGGAGAAAGAGUUUUAAGCUUAUCCUCACUACAGUCGCAGGUGAACUGGAGCCUAUCCCAGCUGACUUGGGGCAAGAGGCAGGGUACAACCUGAACUGGUCGCUAGCCAAUCACAGAUGGUCAUUAUAGCAUUACCAAAAUAAUAUACUAAUACUAUAAUGGUGGCCUUAAGAGUUUUGCACAGUACUGUUCAUUGAGUGGUGUCAGAUAGUAGGAAGGCUCACUUGUGAGUAAGACAAUAAAAUUAGACAUUGGCUAAAUUUGAAGCAAGAUAAAGAAGUAUCACUAAUUGCAUCACUUUGUGUUUUUUAUUACAUAAAUGUGUAUAAUGUCCUUCUGCAAUAGUUAUUUUUUUCUCCGUUAAGAUAACAGAAAUUAAAGGACCAGUGUGUAGGAUUUAGUGGCUGUGAGGCUAAAACAGCUAACUGCAAGUGAAUGAUUGAAGAAAAAGAUAAUAAUCUGCAAAAGUGAGUCACAUACACGUGAAAGUGCCUUCCAACCACCACUACAUAUCACUCCUUCAAUGUAGGAUCCAAAGGACCUGACACAAUUUAGGGGAGAAUCUUGAAAGGUUUACUUUAAAUACAGUAGGAACUUCUGCCAAGGUUUGCAUGCGUGUGGCUCAUACCUGUGGUUGACUCAGAUGGUGCCGCAAAGACCCGACUCAUCAGUUUUUGAUUAGUACUGGACAACUGCGGCAGCGUAGUGUGUCCCAUAAGAGGACUAUUUGUAGAUGCAAAGGGCUCUUUUAAAGAUGUUAAUUCUACAUUAAUCAGGACAUUACUAUAAAUAUUGAGUUAAUUUUCUGACCAAUAAAUCCCAUACACUGUCUUUAAUGUCAUUCAUUCAGUUUAUUCUAUAAUGCAUUUUAUAUCAUUAUUUAAUGUUUCAUUUCAAUCACUGACAAAUGCCUCUUUGAUUUCCAAAUAUAAUAUUUAUAACCUCUUGAUGUAUAUAUAAUUUUCUAAAUGAAAAGGAAGACACUAAAUGGUGAUGUAUUUAUGAGACAUAAAGGUGUCUCAUAAACAUUUCAAUCCUAUUUAAAGCAUUUAAAAUAGUUUUUAUCGUAUGAUGAAAAAUGGAAUGACAUGGCAACUCAACAGUUGCAUGGAUACCAAACUUCCAGGUGCCUUCAGGGCAUGGAUAUAGUAUGUUGGAGUUCAAUCACAUAUUUCUUAACUUUUUAUGUUUCCCCCACAUCAUAAAAUGGAAAUAUCCAUGACUGAUGUAAGCAUGUGGCCUCAACGCGGGCAUCUGCUUGAGCUGUCUAAAUGUACCAAAUGAAGGCUUGUUGGAAUGAGCUGGCUCUAGUUGUUGUCAAAAACCACUGAAGACAAUAUGUACGUAUCUGCAUGGAGAGAUAAAUUCAAAGACUAAUGCAGACUCUGUUUAUUGAUCGUGAUUCAUUUUAGUGUCACGCACCAUUCUGUAUGUUGACUCUGUAACGAAACUACAACACACCCAUCAAGCUGUAGACACACUCAGUAGAUAACAUUAGUGCCUGUGUUGUCUAUUUAAGACAUGUAGUCAUGUAUGUAGUUACUACAGUGGAACCUUUAAAGUUGAACUGGAUCUGGAAUCUUGCAUUUGUUUGGCUUGGGGGCUCAAACUGUCAUCAUAAAACCUUUGUUUGGUGGACAUCUUAUUUUAAAGGGGAAGUAAAGGCAACAAUUUUUUGGGCAACAAUAUGUUGCCCCCAUGUGCCCCCACUAGUGCCCCCACCAAGCACCACUGCAACACGCCGAACGUCACAAACGCACAGAGGAGGCCAACUUCAAAAUAUAAGCUCCUCCACCAAUAAUACAUUCGACAUCAAUGCCUUGUUAUGGUUAAGUUGGCCUCUGCGUCUCGACCGGAAGCUUUCGGCAUGAGCAAACCCCCCCCCCCCCGGCGGACCUCGACUCCUUGACUGGAUGCUGUCCUGAACCCAGUUUAUAUUACCAUCCUAUGCUGUUGCCACCAACAUCAACAACACCAAUCGCAAAUUGAAUAUGCAAAAGGGAAAAAAAAAAUCUCCACUGUAUUACGCUGCGGCACGGUGAACAACUGGUUAGCACAUCUGCCUCACAGUUCUGGGGACUGGGGUUCUGAUCUCGGCCCCGCCUGUGUGGAGUUUCCAUCUUCUCCCCGUGCCUGGGUGGGUUUUCUCCGGGCACUCCGGUUUCCUCCCACAUCCCAAAAACAUGCGUGGUGGGUUGAUUGAGGACUCUAUAAAUUGCCCGUAGGUGUGAAUGUGAGUGAGAAUGGUUGUUUCUAUGUGCCCUGCGAUUGGCUGGCGACCGGUUCAGGGUGAACCCCACCUUCUGCCCGAAGAUAGCUGGGAUAGGCUCCAGCAGCCCGCGACCCUACUGUGGAUGAACAGUAAAGAAAAUGGAUGGAUGUAUUACGCUGUCAUUGAUUAAAUUGGAGAAUACGGCGCUAGCUUUCUGGCGUUAGCUACUAGCAGCUAGCUGUCCGAAUGCGCGGUGGCCUCGAGACAGCCAACAGACUGCCAGUUUUAGAGGUGAAAAUGAAUAUGCACACUUACCUUUGAUGUUGCAGGACAUUUUGACCUCUAGGCUUUACUUUCACUUUAAGAAACAAUUUAACAUUAACCGGGUUAUGUAAUGGACAUAGAUCUUAAAUAGACAUUUAAAAAAAUAAUAAUAUUAACAAGAUCCAACAUUUACAGUUCUUGGCCAUGACUGUUUUCCGAGCAGAUCAGUAAGAAAACAGGACUCCUAACACACCCCAUACCAGAGGAUAAUCGUUCAGGAUCAUCUUUUGGAGACAUACGACAACAGCAAUCCCUUUAUUGAGGUGAGGCACAAAAAGGUCACAAAAAGUAUACAGUCAUCCUGUAAAAGUGAUCUUGUCUUAAUUUACAUAUUUGAGGUAAUGUGCUUUGUGAUAUUAAUGGAAGCACAUUUAAUCAUUCUGGCUGUCACUACUCACUUGCAUAGAUAAAUGAACAAAGAUACAUUAUUUGUAGUAAAUAUAGAAUUUUUUGGCCCAUAAAGUGACAUUGAUUGGAUAAUUUUUCCGUCAAACAUUUAUUGAGACAAGGCAUAUAGUUUUCAUGAGAAAAAAAUCUCAUGACGCACUACCAAACAAAAAAAUGUCACAAAUGUGGAUACAUGGGUUAGUUAUGUAUCUUCUGCCUGUCACUAUAUGUCACUGGUGUAGAUUCAUAUGUCAAAACCAGUAUUUCUUUAGAAUACUGCAUAUGGGGGUUGUCUUGUAGCCAUCAAAUGUCUGAGGUUGAGUGUGUUUGAAGCCAAGGAUCCCCAGUAGAUUAACUUUGAUAACAAAUAUUUUUAAAAUAGGUGCUUCAAAAAAGCCAAAGGAAUAGCAAAACCGUGUCACCGGUUCUUUGGAGGUUCCACUGUAUAAGGUUCAAAGGGAAAAGCGUGACCCAAAGUCAGUGCUCAGGGACAACAACACUUCAGUGAUGUAAGCUAGUAAAUGUUAGGAACAAUGGGAAUAGAUUUACACCAAGAUAUACUGUACAAUAGAGACCCGCACUCUUAGUAGUGUGUAGGAGGGCGGGGGGGAAUCAAUAUACUUGACUCUUUUAUGUCUUCGGAAAUGACAUCAAAAUAAAUGUCUUCACUUGAUGAAAUCACAGAAUUUUCCAUCAUAAUGUCUAAAACAACAGUGAGGGAGUUGGAGGACAAUUGGCUGUCGUUAGCCCUUCACAUGCAAAAGCCAAGUGAUUUUUUAUUUUAUUUUUAUUUUGUUUUACGCCAAAGAAACUGAGUGGUGUUGUUCUGUCCUAACCUGCCGUGUUGCACAGCUGAGGCCUCACUUGAGGCAGGCAUCAUAUAGGUCCACUCAAGUUUGAAAACAGAUGUCCGGGUGGUGGCUUGCAUUGACUUGAACCCUUAUAGCAACAUGAUGCUAUAAAUGUGGAAUGCCUGUUGUGCGAUCGCCUCAAUCUAAUGAGGGGUGUGUGGCUGAAGCCAAUACUGUGUGUGUGUGUCUGUGCACAUUCACCUCAUAGCAUCCACACGUUCUCUAUGUACAGUAUUUUAUAAAGUAUUUUCCUAAAACAUUAGCCUGUGGAAUCCCGAGCAUAAGACGAUAAUCAGCACAUUUAAUUCCCUCCUUGUGGUGCUCAAGUUAAAGAGAAGUUCUUUCCCCGCAAUAAUUUCCAACCCGGCGUCCUCCUGGUCUCACUUUAUUUAAAUAAUCAAGUCCUUGAGAUGCAUGCCCUUCUUCCACUCAGAGUGUACACAGAUGACCCGUAAAGACACAGAGAGAGAGAGAUUAUUCUAUGAAAUUCAAGUAGUGAGUAUUUGGAUGCAAAUACGAAACUGUAUUCUUAUAUGUGAAUAGGAUCAUGUCUGGCAUGCAUUGUUAAAUAAACAAAUAGAUUGCCAAACGGACA